AUGUACUUCACUGAGCUUAUUAGCAUAUGCAGAGUCACCAAAAUGCUCAAGCUUGAACAGAUUCAGAGUAAAAUAGAAUAAGAAGUUGAAAAGGUGGGGGACGGGAUCGUAGAGGCGCUGCUUCCACUUUUUUCUUUCCUUUCCCCUCCCCAACAAAACCCUCGGCGCUGCCACCUCCCGACACCCUCCGCCCGCGGAGCGACCGCCACCCGCGGCGGCUCCUCAUCUCCGCCGGGCGGGGCCGGGCCGGGCCGGGCUGCACCUGGGCCGGCCCCUCCCCGCCUCCACCGCCGCUACAAAAGCGGCCGCCGGAGUCCCCGGCGCAUCUGCUGCCGCUCCGCUGUGCCCGGUGCGGAGCCUCCGCGGGGAGCGGGAGCCGGAGCCUCGCCGGGCCCCGCGCAUGGGGGGCCGCCCCCGGACAUGCUCUCCUCGCCUCUCGGCUUCGCUCUCCUGCUGCUGGCGUCCGCGGGAAGGUCGCUCCCGGUGAGGCGGAGCUCAGAUGGGUCUCUCUCUGAGGUUGUGCAGAAAUGGAAGGAGUAUCAGCUCCAGUGUCAGAAAUACUUGUAUGAGACACCCCCCAUUGUGGCAGAAGGCAAGUUCUGCAACAGAACAUUUGAUGAUUAUGCCUGCUGGCCAGAUGGACUGCCUGGCACCUACGUGAAUGUCAGCUGCCCCUGGUAUCUUCCCUGGGCUAAUGCAGUGCUGCAUGGGCAGGUGUACCGCUUCUGCACCUUGGAGGGGACCUGGCUGCUGAAGGAGAAUUCAACCCUGCCCUGGAGGAACCUGUCUGAGUGUGAGCCCUCUGACCAGGAUGCACCAGAAGAACAGCUCCUGAAUUUGUCCAUCAUAUACACCAUUGGAUAUGCUCUUUCCUUCUCUGCCCUUGUAAUAGCAACUGCCAUUCUUCUUGGAUUCAGACAUCUGCAUUGCACGAGGAAUUACAUUCACCUGAACCUCUUCACCUCUUUUAUCCUCCGGGCUAUAUCUGUUUUCAUUAAAGACUCAGUGGUGAAGUGGAUGUACAGCACAGCCACACAAGAGUACCAGUGGGAAGGACUUAUAGCCUUCCAGGAAUCACUCAGCUGCCGUUUGGUCUUUGUGAUGAUGCAGUAUUGUGUGGCUGCAAACUACUACUGGCUGCUGGUGGAAGGCAUGUACCUGUACACACUGCUGGUACUGUCGGUCUUCUCUGAGCAGAGGAUUUUCCGCCUCUAUCUCUGCAUUGGUUGGGGUGUGCCAAUGCUGUUUGUUAUCCUCUGGGGAACUGUCAAGUACCUUUAUGAAGAUGAGGGUUGCUGGACCAGAAACUAUAACAUGAAUUACUGGCUGAUCAUCAGACUGCCCAUCCUCAUCGCCAUUGGGGUGAACUUCCUCAUCUUCAUCAGAGUUAUAUGCAUCAUCAUCUCCAAACUGCAGGCUAAUUUGAUGUGCAAAACUGACAUAAAAUGCAGAUUGGCCAAGUCUACGCUGACUCUGAUCCCACUGCUGGGGACCCAUGAGGUCAUCUUUGCCUUUAUUACUGACGAGCAUGCCAGAGGGAUGCUGCGCUUUGUGAAGCUUUUUACUGAGCUCUCCUUUGCUUCGUUCCAGGGGCUGAUGGUUGCAAUUCUUUACUGUUUCAUCAAUAAUGAGGUUCAGAUGGAGUUUCGGAAAAGCUGGGAGCGCUGGAGAUUGGAACACUUGUAUGUCCAGAGAGACAGCAGUAUGAAACCUCUGAAGUGUCCGGCCAACAGCAUCAGCAGUGGGGGCACAGUAGGCAGCAGUGUCUAUGCUGCCACUUGUCAGGCCACAUUCAGCUGAGAUUUCUGCAGAAUGAGGUUUCCAGCCGGUGCAGGGAAGAGCAGCAGCAGG